GCUGCACAAAGCAGAGGAGGUAUUUAACCCCCUGCAGAGCCCCUUGAAACCUCUUCUGAGCUGUAGACCUCGACAGCUGAGAACACAGGCAGUGUUUUCCUUACCUUUUUGGCAGGGUAUCGCUUUCAGCUGACUCUGGCGGAGCCGCUAUGACCGAAACAACAGGUUACUCGGGGAACGGGCUUGUCCUUGUUAAAAACCCACACCUAGACUUGAUGGAGGAGGACGUCCUGUACCACUUGGACUUGGGAACGAAGACGCACAACCUGCCAGCAAUGUUUGGGGACAUAAAGUUCGUGUGCGUCGGCGGCAGCCCGAACAGGAUGAGGGCGUUUGCCCAGUUCAUGCGGCGGGAGCUGGGGCUGGCGGGCGCCGGGGAGGACGUGGCUGACAUCUGCGCGGGGUCGGACCGCUACGCCAUGUACCGGGCAGGGCCCGUGCUCUCCAUCAGCCAUGGAAUGGGCAUCCCUUCCAUUUCCAUUAUGCUUCAUGAGCUGAUCAAACUGCUGCACCACGCAAAAUGCCGGGACGUUACUAUUAUACGCAUCGGUACUUCUGGGGGCUUAGGGAUCGAGGCUGGGUCUGUUGUGAUCACCGACACGGCCGUGGACUCCUCCUUCCAGCCACGUUUUGAGCAGGUGGUGCUGGACGACGUGGUGGUGCGGAGCACCGAGCUGGACAAGGGCCUUGCGGAGGAGCUGCUCGCCUGCAGCAGGGACCUUCCUGACUUCCCCACGCUCAUUGGCCAUACCAUGUGCACCUACGACUUCUACGAAGGUCAGGGGAGAUUAGAUGGUGCAUUAUGCUCUUUUUCAAGUGAAAAAAAGUUGGCGUACUUAAGGAGGGCUUAUGAGGCCGGUGUGAGGAAUAUUGAGAUGGAGUCCACUGCUUUCGCCGCCCUGUGUGGCCUGUGUGGCCUCAAAGCCGCCGUGGUGUGCGUGGCGCUCCUGGACCGGCUGGAGGGGGACCAGAUCCGGGCGUCCCACGAGGUGCUGUGGGAGUACCAGCAGCGGCCGCAGCGCCUGAUCGCCGCCUUCAUCCGCAAGCGCCUGGGGCUGCCCCCGCACGGGCUGAGGCCGCGGCAGCAGCGCAGGGCCCGGCACACGCGGCCCGCUCCGGGAACGGCGAGCUGCGGCCCGGGCCGGAGCCAGCGCUCACCGCGGGGCCGAGCGGCCCGGGCCGGAGCCAGCGCUCACCGCGGGGCCGAGCGGCCCGGGCCGGAGCCAGCGCUCACCGCGGGGCCGAGCGGCCCGGGCCGGAGCCAGCGCUCACCGCGGGGCCGAGCGGCCCGGGCCGGAGCCAGCGCUCACCGCGGGGCCGAGCGGCCGCCCCGGCGCGGCUGGCACCGCGCUCACACCGUCUGCGCUGACAGCCGGCUCGGGCUGCGGGACGCAGCUGCACCUUCCUCACUCCCGGCUCCGGCCGCCGAAAAGGACUGUCCUGUUCGGGCCACUCCUGCCCACAGCGAUCUUCCUGGAAGGACAGCCCUUUGCUUUGGGCAUGAAGACAAAACCUAAGUAAAUAAUAUGAAAAUUAAUCCACAUUUUGACCAUUAUUGUUACUGCUGUCACAAAGGCCGUUCAUAUUUUCAUUCCUACAGUAUUUAAAGAUGCCACAAAGAGGCACAUGCCAGAGUUUGAGUACAAGAGGGACACCACAGCACCCAGCCGUGGUCAGCUGAGGACCUGACCUUCAAGCACUGGCUGACAUUAAAGACACUUUUCUCACUACCAAAACUCACAAAUAAGUAACUUCAUUUUCACAGAGAUAUUCUCAUCAAGCUUUAUAAAAAUUUGAUUGAGAGUGAACUGCCCAUGCUUCAUUCCUGGCAUAAAGACAGCUGAGCUCUGAACUGCCACUCCUCCCAGCCAAACACACAAAGCAGGGCUGCAAGAGGUGCAGGUUGAGAAGCCCAUUUAUCAUUACAUUUUUGUAAUUACUAUUUUCAUGUAUGUAACCUGGAAAAUUUAUCUUUUUUUGUUUAGGUGUAGAAAGAUUGAUCAUGACAGCCACUGUCAUUAUAAGCAUUUCCAUUUCCUGAAGGGUUCUGAUCAGUCGUGACCAAUUCUAAGGUGCGGAUUAUGAAGUAGGGUGAAACAUCCACCUCCUUCCCACAGGAGCAGGAAAGAGGUGCCUGGCCAGGCUGGGGAACAGCCAAGGGGUCCGCAGAGCUCUCCUGGCAUUGUAGUGCUGUGUGAAACACCCUUUUACUGACCUGCAUGUUCUCCAGGCUCCACUGUUUUGUGAAACCUCCCCAAAAUCCUCAUUCUGGCCUCACGGUAUCACUAAAGGCCCCAACUUACGGUUGCACUGAGGUAGCCCAGGCUUCUAUAGACUUCUACUCAGUCUCCACUCUUGGACAUUACAGACAUGAAAACAACCACAAGUCUCAGCCUAAAAAAAAUCUGUGCCCACUAUUUCAAAACCAAUGUCUGUUCCCUUUAAACUUUCUUUCUCAUUAACGUCUCGGUAUUUAUAAAAUAUGGCAACUAUAAUCUCAAUUCCACUGGUGCAAAUUUUUUUACCUUGUAGAUCUGCUUUUAAAGGCAAGGGGAAAAAAAAAUCAACUGCCUAGGUCUGGGAUGAUGCCUUUCUGGGAAUUGUCUCACAGCCAGUCUGUUCCCCACAGCAGAGCACUGCUGGUCUCGCCGCAGGAAUAUCCAGGGAAUAUCCCCACAGGAACAGACGGCUGUGAGGUGGCCAAGUGUGUUUUAAAAAUAACGAGUUACCCCAAAGGAGAUACCAAAAUAAAAAGCACAAAUAUACACAGAAUUGUAAUUUUAGCACAAGCACACCAAGGCUGAGUCCAGAAGACAUCACUCCCCCGGCUCAGGGCAGGCUCUGCAGCGUUUCCCCACUGAACUCAGCUGCAGCUCUGGGAUUAUGCUGCUCCUGGGCUGACCCUGUCUGUCACACCAGAAAAUAAAGAAAUAAAGACCCCAUCUCUAUUUAUAAUUUAUAUUGAAAAACUAAUCUGCAAUAUUAAAUUGAAUGAAUGGUUUGCAGUAAAUAUGAUGCAGCAAGUUGCCUUCUAAAUAUAGACAAAGGUUUAAGUUUUAUCUUAUCAUAAUCAAGGAAUAUUAGAAACAUUCAUGGCAAUGAAGAUUCUAUAACUAAAAAAAUCAAAUUCUCAAGAAACCUGGAAAGAAAAUUGUGGGAUUUAUUCAUGUAACAUAAUAAAAUCUAAAGUAUCUG